GCUGAACCUAUAUUUUUGUGUAAACCAAAUACGUAUUUUACAACAACUUAGCUAUGUUCCCAUUAACAAGAUUAUAAAUUUUAUUUGUUUUCUUCAUGACAUUUGAUAAGUAUAGUUACACGAAGUGAUGUACACAAUUUGCUACGGUUCUGCUGUGAAACAGUAACUCAACCAUAAUCCAUAUUUACCAUAUUUUGCGCUGUAGUUUUGAUAUUCCACAAAUUAGGCGCUCGCGUCGGAACCGCCGUGGUAGAAACGAAAAAUGGCGGCUGAGGACAAGAGAGAGUCAACGUCGUCGGCGACUUCACCUGGAAGUCCAAACGCGAUGGUUGAAGAUGAGGAUGAUCCUACCAAGCCCCGCGCUCCCAAUUCUCCAACUAAUUCCUCCACACGGAAGGUUAGACUUCACUCUACUUUACUCUCUCUUCUCCACUCUCCCACAGAUUCACACUCUCCAGUCUCCUGGAAAAUAAAUCAUCAAUUAAUUUGGAAGAGAAAAAAGCUUUUUAGUUUUCGAGAAAACAUGUAAUGCAUUCGAUUUCUUAAAACGCCUUGUUAUUAGAAUCAUUUGGAUAAUUAUGCUUCUUUUACAUGAUUUUUUUCUUUCUUUCUGAUGAAAUAUUGAUUGGAAAGAAGUUUAUUUGCUAACGAUGGAAAUUGUUUGUGUUUAAUGAUGUAUAAUAUCAGUUACCGAUGUAAGUUACGAAAGUUAUGUUUCGAAGAAGUAAUUAAGGCUUGCUAAGGUUGUUAAUUAAUUGAUCUCAGAAAAUAUUUAAAGUUCUAUGAGAUGACAAGAUCUUUAGAAAAAACUUCAGUAGUUUUGAAUGAUUUAAAAUUUUUUUGCUUUCAAAAUGUUUGAGAAGUGUAGAAAGUGUGUGCGUUAGGUCCAUUGUAGAGUCCAUUUGUUUCUGGAUAAUUGUUUCUGUGGCAAAUUAACUUCUUUGGAUGGUUGAAGAGAUCCUUAAAAAGAGAAAGCAAGUGAUAAAAGGAUUUAGGGAUGAGGAGUUUGGUUAAGGUAUUCCUCUCUUUCUUUGUUUGGCAAUUGGCAUCUCCAUCCCGGUUUAAUAAAGUGCUCGAAAUAGAUCUGAAUUCUCUAAUUUAUGGUCUAUAAUCUAUGCAGCCAUACCUUUUGUACCUUCAAGAGGGUGUUUUUGUUUUUUGGAUCUAAGACUUUAGGUUACAUAUAUGAUCUCUUACCACAGCAGUAGCUUUCUCUUUGUUCGUGCUAUAGAAUGCACUGUAACAGCUACAGAAAAUGAAAUAUUUAUGAUUUCACAACACAUUAUCUCACAUCAUUGUUACUUUUAUGUGUGUUGACAAGAAGAUAAUUGGAAAACUUUAUUGAUCUAAAUCUGGUGAUACUUCUGGGGAGAUGUACGUGAUUGUUGUCUCUCUGUUGAAUGUUUGCUUGAUGAAGCAUUAUAUGCAUCCUAUAAUUAGGAUCUACGAACAAAACUAUCUCCUUUUGAUCAUUCCCCAAAGUUUGCUUCUACGCUUCUAACACAUGCUCUGCCUGUCACAUGUUAUCAGGCUUGCUAUUCUGUCCUGCAAAGCUGGGUUUCGAAGAAGUUUAUGACUGGAUGCGUCGUUCUCUUUCCUGUAGCCGUCACAUUUUACGUAACAUGGUGGUUUAUUCAGUUUUUUGAUGGUUUCUUCAGCCCCAUAUAUGAAAGGCUCGGUGUAGAAAUAUUUGGGCUUGGAUUUAUCACAUCGGUGAUUUUUAUAUUUUUUGUUGGUAUAUUUGCUUCAUCAUGGUUCGGGGCCACGGUCUUCUGGUUAGGGGAAUGGUUCAUAAAGCGAAUGCCAUUUGUAAAACAUUUGUAUUCUGCCUCCAAACAGAUUAGCUCAGCUAUUUCUCCAGAAAAAAAUACUUCAGCUUUCAAGGAGGUGGCAAUUAUCCGUCAUCCUCGUGUUGGUGAAUAUGUAUUUGGUUUUAUUACAUCAACGGUGGUACUUCAGAGAGAUAAUGGGGAUGAGGAACUGUGUAGUGUGUAUGUGCCAACAAAUCACUUAUACAUUGGGGACAUCUACCUACUCAACUCGAAAGAGAUCAUAAGGCCAAAUUUGUCCGUCAGAGAAGGCAUAGAAAUUAUUGUGUCCGUGGGAAUGUCAAUGCCGCAGAUAAUUUCUUCCAUCGAAACAGCCCCUCCGCAAAACAACCAUUUAUCCAUCGUGGCCCCUCAGCAGAACAAUCGUUUACCCAUUAUAAGAAUGGUGUAGAGGUUGUUAUGUGUCCUUGAAAAAUCCCAUCUUAUUCAGACUAUGUUUCUAUUAAAACUAGUAAUUUUGUUCUUAGUAGCGCAUUUCAGAACAUGUCGGAGUUAGUUUCGCCUUGGCAUUACUCAGUUAAGCAUAUAUACCAUGGAAGAGGCUAGCACAAUGGUAGAUAUGUACAGAGUAUAUUUUAUUUAGACUAUGUAAAAUACUCUUGAGAAGGGUAGAAAGGGUGGGUGCCACAGUUGUAAGUUUUGAAGCUUUUUGUUUCUUAACGUUGUACGAUCCGCGUUGGUCCUUAUAUUGCAGUUUUGCGCACUCUUCACAGUUCACUUAAUUUGUGGGAUUGUGACAUCACAGCCUACAUUAUUUCCUUCAAUCUUAAUGAAAAUAAGCAAAGUGG